GUAAUUUCUCAAAAUUCCAGAGAUGCCCUCGUCCUUCUGUACGCGCGGCCGCCCCGCCCGGUUUACACCGCCUUGGAUGGCACAGGGUAUUUGUUUUCGGCGGAUGUUGUGGCCGCGUUGGAGAGGUAUAGUAAUGACGUGGCGGAGGCCGUUGUCGAGAAGGCCAACAGGCUAUGUAAAGAUCUACAAAACGUGAAGGUGGAGACGAAAGUUGUAAGUGGGGACGCAAGGGAGGUGAUCUGUCAAAUGGUGGACAAAUUGGAUGCUGACGUGUUGGUCAUGGGUAGCCACGGCUAUGGUCCUAUCAAAAGGGCAUUUAUUGGGAGUGUGAGCAACCACUGUGCGAAGAGCGUGAAGUGCCCCGUUUUGAUAGUAAAGAAGCCUAAAGACUGUGGAAACAAAUAGAAUUAUCCUCUAUUUUUCCUUUUUUUUUUUUCUUUUUCCCAGCAAUUUGUACAACUUUUAUUAUUUUCUUUUUAAAUUGAAGUCUUGUAGGUGUGAAGUUUGUGUAAUUAUUGAAAAAACCCAGCUGACUUUUUAUUCUA